AUGGCCCGAGCGGCCCCUCGGGGAGAGGCCCCGGAGCCUGGGCCGCCUCCCGCCACCGCGGCCACGGAGGAGCAGCUGGGCGGGCCGGGGCCGGGGCCGGGGCCGGGGCGGCGCCCCUCGGGAGGGCCCCGGCGCGUGCUUUUCGCGGACGAGGCCCUGGGGCUGCCCCUGGCCCAGCUGAGGCGCUACCAGCCUUGGGGCUGCGCGGGGCUCGGGGGAGGGCCCGACGACGAUGACGACGACGACAGCGCGGCAGACGAGUCCCCAGUCGAACUGGGCCUGAGCGGGAGCCCCCCCGGAGCGGGGCCUGGGCCCCCCUUCUAUCUGCUGCCCGGCUUCGUGCUGCCUCCGGCCCCGGGCCGGCUAGAGCGCCUGCGCGGCUCCAUGGUGGAGCUGGAGGACCUGCUGCCCCCCGAGGAUCCUGGGGCUCCGGGCCGAGCGCCCGUGUUGCGCGGCCUCAUCCGGGUCCUCAACCUCUCCUACCACAAGGCCGUGCACGUGCGCGCCACCCACGACGGCUGGCUGACCUUUCGCGACCACCCGGCCCACUACGUGCCCGGAGGGAGCAGUUCCCCCGAGGACGGGGGGCAGACAGACCGCUUCGCCUUCCAGCUGCCCUUCGAGCCUGCCAGCGUGGGCGCCCAGGUCCAGGACGGUGCCCGCAUCGACUUCGUGGUGCGCUACCAGACACCCGAAGCCACCUACUGGGCCAACAACCAGGGCAAGAACUAUACGGUGGUGCUGAAGGAGACCUCGGCAGCCCGGACCAAGGGGCUGGGCCUCCCGGGGCCACCCGUGCCACCCCCGACAGCGAAGCACCUUCUCUGGGAGGUGGAGACGAAACAGCUGAAGAGCUGUAUGAAACCUGUCAGACACAGGCAGACUGAGGAGGAACUCAGAAGAGAGAACGUACAUGACCCUGUCUCUUCGAGAGAAUGCCCUGAUGACGGGGACAGGAGAUCAGGGAGCAUAUUAGUAACCCCUCUGCCAUUCCAACCAGGGUCACAGAUAAUACAGGUCUCAGAUGUCAUGGUGGCUAGCUCUCCAGAAAACAAAGGAUCUCACCUGUACCUGCCUGAGACGUUCCUGGAAUACCCACAGACCCCCACCGUCGAAAUCCACCCUUCUGUGCUGAGCUUGGUGCCAGAUCAGGGAGGAGCCCUGGGAGUGCCCCUGUUGGGGGCUGAGGAAGAGGUCGUGUCGGACUUGGCAAGUCCUCUGGGUGAGUGGCCUUCUGAGGGCCACCCUGGAAAGAGCACAGACUUGUUUAGGUCAGAUGAGGCCCAGAAUGAGGAUGCUGUGGACCUGGAGUUGGAACAGCUCUACCUCACCCACCUGAGCCGCUUGAGGGCCGCAGAGGUGGCUGAUGGGGAUUUGGGGGGGAUCCCUGUAACUGAUCCCGACCAAGAUCUCUUCCUGAAGUGGAUGGGUCCAGAGAGAGCCUUGAACAGCUCUCUAGCGGAGGAGAUCACCCUGCACUAUGCAAUGCAAAAUGUGCAGGGGGUGAUGGAGCUCCUUGAAGAUGCUAAAGAAGGUGGUGACGAGGUUGAGGAGCUGGGGGUGUCUUCUGGUGCGGAGGAGGAGGAGGAGGAGGAGGAGUCUGGGGAAGGAGACACACUGAAGGAAUCCCCUCCUGGCAUUGUUACUGGCAUGUGGCUGGCAGGACAGCAUCCAGGGUUCGUCUUGGUCAAGGAUGGGCUCAGUCAGGACCCAGAAGAAGAGGAAAUCCUGAGGUCUGGCAGUUCAUGGUCCUGGGCAGCCCCUGAAAAGAAGCCAGCGGAUACAGACAAAGAAUGUGACCAGAUCAGUGCCAUCAAGGCUGAAGGGCUCUCUUCCUGCUUCCAGGAAAGAAGUGAUCUCUUGCCCAAUAGCAACCCAGUGCAAAAGCCUUCUGGCAUUGCCCAAGGGGGAGGCCUCUGGGAGUUCCCAGGUCAGCUCCAGAAGGCUCUCAGCCAGUCUCUGUGUGUGCUGGGUCUGCUGGUUUUCCUGCCCAUUGUGUGGAAUGCCUGCAUGGCCUUCGUGGGUUUGGCCUUUUAUCUCUCUCUGGCCUGGUUCUCUUAG